UUGUAUUCUUCUGAUGCCGUUUUGGCAGUCAUAUUACAAUAAGUGGAUAUAAAUUGUGAAAUAUGGAUAUGUUUUAUGGGAGGUGCAUUGCAGGUGCAUUUUAUGAUCCACUGACCCAAGUUCUAUUGUGGAGUGACAUUUUUAUAAGAUGCUGUAUUACCACUUUCAGUUUAACUGCAAAAGGCCAGUGGAGUUUUCAGCACCACUGACGCGGACAGCGAAACGCGCUGUGUCUCAUGGCAAAUUCAGUGAUAUUACAUUCAAAUUCCGCUGCUAUAGGCCAACUUUAACUGCAUACAUAUUCCUUAAGACUGAGUUAUUUACUUUGGUGGUUGUGUUUGAUUAGGUUAUAUUGCAUUGCGUUGACUAGCGGUCUGACAUUCAUGGUUUGGACUCUAAGUGCCGCUGUUGAACAAGGAAAGUUGAUUCGUCAUGUUUUGUCUGUCAGCUUAUGUGUUGCUCCUCCUUGACUCUCGAAUAGAAUGAGACCAUUUUGCUUCAUAAAAGGUGGGGCCAGCUACAGAUGGACAUGUUUUGUAUCUUCUGCUGUCGAAACUGAAUGGACACAUUGCGCACUAAGUAAAUCUUAAUUUCUUACGGAUAUUCUACAAACGUUGCGGAUUUAAGGAGCGGUUGUAUUUCGUUGGAUAUUGGAGUAUAAUGUUUGGAAAGGGUUCAAUACAGUGUACGAGUGUCGGGACUUCAGGAUGGCCACUACAUUGGCAAGUACUGUUUGGUAUUUUGUUCUUAUCUCAUGUUACAAAUGGACAGAUCCGAUAUUCUAUUCCGGAGGAGAUGAAGAAAGGGUCGCUAAUCGGUAAUGUGGCACAAGACCUUGGGCUCGAUUUGAGAAGACUUCGGGAAGGUCGAGCUCGUAUCGUCAGUGGGGAAAGCAUUCAGUACACAGAGCUGAAAACAGACAAAGGAAUACUCGUUGUAAAUGAAAGAAUAGACCGGGAGCAGUUGUGCGGCGACAUUACGCCAUGCAGCAUCAGCUUCGAAAUCAUUCUAGAGAAUCCGAUGGAACUACAUCGUGUUAUUAUCGAAAUCCUCGACGUUAAUGACCAUUCCCCUACCUUCCAGAACGCAAAUUUAAAAUUCGAGAUCAGUGAGUCGGCCACUCUUGGUUCGCGGUUUGUAUUGGAAAGUGCAGACGAUCCAGACGUGGGCGUGAAUGCAUUACAGAAAUACAUCUUAACAGAAAACAAUCAUUUUGUCAUAAAAGAACAUGCGAACCCAGAUGGCAGUAAAUAUGCCGAGAUGGUUCUUCAAAAUGCCUUAGAUCGAGAAAAGCAUCCUCAUCUGUCUCUAAAGCUGAUUGCUGUGGAUGGGGGAAACCCGCAGAGGUCUGGGACGGUCAGUAUAGACAUUACUGUGUUGGAUGUGAAUGAUAAUGCGCCUGUAUUUAACCAAACCAUAUACAGGGGCUUUGUAAUGGAAAACUCACCAAAAGGGACCUACGUUACAACCGUUAAUGCAUCAGACGCUGAUAGUGGGUUGAAUGGUCAAAUAACAUAUUAUUUUUCAAAGGUUAGAGGAAAUGUUGCGGACAUUUUCCGUAUUGACGAGAAUACAGGAGCUGUGUCUGUUUUUGGCCAGAUAGAUUAUGAGAAGGACAAGCGAUAUGAAAUACGAGUAGAGGCGAAAGAUCAAGGCGGACUCACCGAUUCUAGCAAAGUUGUCAUUGAGGUAAUUGAUGUUAAUGACAAUCAGCCGAUAAUCAAUGUCAUGUCUUUUUCGAACAGCUUGUCUGAAGAUGCGCCACCAGGUACCACUAUUGCGAUAUUGAAUGUCAAAGAUUUAGACUCUGAGAAAAAUGGCCUCAUUACGUGUUCCAUAAAUAAUAAAAUGCCAUUUAAAAUUGAGUCAUCCCUGUCGAAUUAUUAUAAUUUGAUAACUGAUGCGCACUUUGAUCGAGAGACUGUACAAGAAUACAACAUAACCGUAACUGCAACCGACUCUGGUGCUCCGCCACUGUCAUGCUCUACAAAUCUACUUCUUAAAGUGUCAGACAUUAAUGAUAACGCACCUGUUUUCGAAAGAAGCCGUUAUACGGCUUAUGUAACCGAGAAUAACUCACCUGGUGUGUCUAUAUUUAAUGUAUUCGCAAAGGAUUUAGACUGGAAUCAAAACGCAAGAAUAUCGUAUUUUUUAGAAGAAACACAAAUCAGUGCAUCCCCACUUUCAUCCUAUUUCUCAAUCAACUCUGAGACGGGUGUUCUCCAUGCAGUUCGGUCAUUUGAUUAUGAACAAAUCAAGCAGCUCACUUUUGUUGUGAAAGCGCAGGAUGGAGGCUCUCCUCCAUUAAGUAGUAAUGCUACUGUACAAAUCUUAAUCCGGGACCAAAAUGACAACGCGCCUCAGAUUUUGUACCCAGUGCAAACUGGUGGUUCAGUGGUGGCAGAGAUUGUGCCUCGUUCAACAGAUGUAGGCUAUCUCGUCACUAAAGUAGUUGCUGUUGAUGUGGACUCCGGACAGAAUGCCUGGCUCUCUUAUAAACUGCUAAAAGCAACAGACAGGGCGCUGUUUGAAGUGGGCGCUCAGAAUGGAGAAAUAAGAACUAUCAGACAGGUCACCGAUAAAGAUCCCGUUAAACAGAAGCUCACGGUUGUAGUGGAGGACAAUGGGCAGCCAGCACGUUCAGCUACAGUCAAUGUGAACGUGGCUUUGGCCGACAGCUUUCCUGAAGUGCUCUCGGAGUUCACUGAUUUUCAGCAGGACAAGGAGUACAACGACAACCUGACUUUUUAUCUAGUAUUAGCCUUGGCUGUGGUUUCAUUCCUUUUUAUAACGUCUCUUGUGGCCAUUAUAUCGGUGAAAGUGUAUAGAUGGAGGCAGUCAAGGACGUACUAUCAAUCCAGUCUCCCGGUCAUUCCAUACUAUCCACCGCGUUACGCAGACGGCACAGGAACUCUCCAACACGUGUACAAUUAUGACGUAUACAGGACUACUGAUUCUAGAAAAAGUGACUUUAAGUUCGGCAGACCCGAUAGUCAAAAUGUGUUGAUAAUGGACCCCAAUGCUACUGCAACUAUGCAGCGGGUUUACAGCGAGAAAAACAUCCUGGAUGAGCCUGAUUCACCAGAGGAGCAAAAGCCUCCUAACCAGGACUGGCGUUUCAACCAGAACCAGAGACCGGGACCUAGUGGGGCGGCCGCCACUCCUGAGGUUGCCGUAGGAACAGGACCAUGGCCAAACCCCCCGACCGAGGCCGAACAGCUCCAGGCUCUGAUGGCUGCCGCCAAUGGUGCGUCUCACACCUCCUCCCCUCCUCUCUACUCAUCCCCUCGCUCCUGUCUGCUCAUCUCAGAGGUGAGUGAGGCCACCAACACGCUGACCCCCGGCACCAUGGGCCUGAGCACCCGCUACAGCCCCCAGUUCACCCUGCAGCACGUGCCCGACUACCGCCAGAACGUCUACAUCCCCGGCAGCACCGCCACGCUCACCUCCAACCCCCAGCAGCAGCAGCAGCAGCAGCUGCAGCUCCAGCAGCAGAUGCUGCCCAACAUGCCCCCGCAGCAGGCCCUGCCUCCAGCCCAGGCCACUGGGCCCGACGGUGCCGCCGGUGGUGGUGCCCCCGGGGCCCAGUCCGAGCCGCCCAAGGCCGCCCAGACCCCUGCCAGCAAGAAGAAGUCCACCAAGAAAGAGAAGAAGUAGAGAAAGAGAGGCAGAGAGAUGGAUGGAGAGAGCGAGUGGAUAGAGAGUUGGAGGAAAAGAGGAGGCUACAGAAGGAGCCCUCUCUCUCUCUCUCUCUCUCUUCGUUUUUUGUUUUUCCUCAGCUGGCUUCUAUAAUCCUCUCACUGAUUGCCAUGUUAACCGAUAAGUACUCCGGUAAUAUCCAUGUACCAUGAAGGAUAGUAUUGUUUCCUUUUGUAAGGUUCCUUUUUUUUUUGUUUGUUUGUUUAUUUUUGACUGUCUCUGAAGUCUCUCUGAAUGUGUAUGGAAGUGAGUGUGAAAAGAAUUCGGGGAAGCUCAUAUUCAAUUUGGAUUCUGUUUUAUGUUAUGAUUCCUCAGAUUGCUUGUGUAUUGCUUGAAUGACUUUUCCUGUAUCUUAUAUAGGCCUGUAAGUAUAACACUAUUCUAUGUGGUGUUGGUUCUUGUCUGAUUCACUCUAAUGUAAGAAUGAAGGGAGGGAUUUCUGAUUAUAGAUGACAAUAAUGAUUUUUAAGAUCUUGGCUGUUUUUAUUUUUCAAAAGACACAAUAUCCUGUGUUGUGAUUCUUCUGUUGGAUUCCUUCACAUACACAAAGUGAUUUUGAAAUGUAUUUCAGGGGGUUUGGCUUUUUUGGUUUGUUUAUUUUUUCAAUCCCUGUUUUGCUAAGUGAAGAGUAGAUGCUUGUUUUGUGCCUAGAAAACCACUGUUGGAUAUUCCCCUUGAAAAAAAAACCACACACACUGAAAAGUUUGGCACAAGAGACUGACCUGUAGAUCUUAGAAACCAAGGCCGCAAUAUUUGCAUGAGUCAUUGAAUAAUCUUCCACAGAUGUAACCACGGACGAAACUAUGCAUUUAUUCAGACAGAGAAUGUUGUCUUUUUUUGGCAACUCCUUUGUCGAAUGCAUUUGUAGCACCAACCUGAACCGCUUUGAUGUGCAUAGUAUAGUAUAUUCAGCUAUAUCAUGCUUGCAUUUAUUUUCCCCCCUUCAAAGUCAUUAUAAAUUGAGCAUGAGCCCCAUGUGUCUUGGGUCUGAGUGAUUGGGAAAGGCCAUGUUGUUCUUUCCGUCACCACGACUACAGUCAGCCAUUUCCUGGCUGUUGGACUUUCAGGUGUAAAAUUUCCCCUCUCUCAAACCUCAAACUCACUGCAUAGUGUUGAACAGAGAGCCAAAUAAUUGAAGAUGCACUGUUGUAGGGAAGGAAGAUGUGGACUGGGACGCGUGAUUGAUCACCUAGUGAACGCUUUGUAGACACGUAGUAGUGAGUGACCCACUAUUGCCUCCACCUAAUGCGUAGGGAGCACUUUUACUUCUAGGGCCUGUGGUAGGUGGCCUAGUUAGGUUAUGGUAGUAAAUGGGGAGCCCUAUGCUCCAACCAUUCUAAAGAGUCUUUCUUUCCUUACCAUGAAACACGCUAGCUUGUUUGUUUGACCUUAAAAUGAACUGAGUUUUGUAGUGUGUAGGGAAUAAGCAAUGUGUAAUAAGACGGAGGGUUUUUUUUUUUCAUUGUCUAUUCCGUGUGGUGAAGGGGCAGCUUGUAUUGGAGGGUGAGGAGUGGAGGGAGAAAGAGCAGGCAGCUGUGCAGGGUACCUGGUAAGGGUGGUACACCUGGGGUACAUGGAAGAUGAGGACUUCACUUAAUGAAUGUACAGAAGUAACACUACCACUCUCAAAACACCCCCCUCUGCCCAAUCAGUGAUAUCGUCUAAAGGGGAACACUGACCAAUCACAGGCAAUAUUCAGUUCAUCCGUCCAGUGGUUAGAAAGGACAUACCACUCAGAGGGGUUGAAGAGGGGUGAAGGUAUUUCUGAGGCCUCACUCACUUUCGACCCCAGUUCAGUUCUGUUGCCCCGGCUCCCUCUGCACUGUUGCUGGUUUCCUCCCUUGCACACACCUGCACAGUCCCAGGUGAUGGUGAUGACUCUUUUCCCAGGUUGUAAAUAGCUAGCAGCCGCUACCGCUGUAAAGACUAGGCUGUUCUCAACUCCAGUGUCCGACCAGAUCUCCCUUUCCAGAUUCAGAGCCCGGUGUGAGUGGCUUACUACUGGAAUGUGUUACUUUGACUGUUUCUUUCUGUUUUGAUUGUUUGGUUUUCAGGAAAACGAGGAAAAAAGUGUAAUGGAAAAAAAAAUCUGAAUUGCUCUUCAAAAUAUGUGUUUGAAAUGUAGUAAUCUAUAGCACCACGAAGGCCAACUAACAAACACAACUGUAAAUAGAGAUUAACUUUGAAGGAAAAAUCAACAACAAAAAAAAUUGAGUGACACACAUGUAGUUUAGGUAAUCGUGAGCUGUAACGCGCAUAUUUUUUGUGUUCAUUUUUGUUUUCUGUUAAUGCCACUUGCUCCAUCACCUUGCUACGAAACAAAAUGAAACAAAACAAAAUGAAACCACAUCGUGUACAAUACCUUUCUAACCCUCUGUAAUCUCCUUCUGUUUCUUUUGUGAUUCCAGUUGUGCAUAUGUGCAAGAAUGCUUCUCAAUGUCUAUAUGAAGAAAUGAAAUAUAAAUAUUCUAUAUGUUUGUGUGUCUGCUGAUGGCGUAAUACUCUAUAUCCUGCUGUAAUAUUCUUUCUUAUAAGUCGCUUAGUCCCCUUCCCGGCUCCCUCCUCUGUGUUACUCUUAUUUUAUAUGCUAAUAUUUAUAUUUGCUGUUUUAUUUUCUCUUGAACACUGACAUUUCAAAUAAAAAGGUUCUGAAAUCA